CUGGGAUUACUGGGAUGGAUUUUGGGGCUGCUGGGCAUACUGGCACUACUGGGGCUGCCUGGGCAUACAGGGACAUGCUGAGGCUACUGGGUUUGCCUGGGCAUAUUGGGAUGCUGGGGCUGCCUUGGCAUGCUGGGCCUUGGCAUGCUGGGCAUGGUGGGGCUCCCUGGGCUACUGGGGGUGCUGGGGCUGUCUUGGCAUGCUGGGGCUACUGGGAGUGCUGGGUUGGUGAAGAGGAAAAGCCCCCAGCCCCAGGUCCUGCCCGUCCCUUGGAGGUGGCCCACUCCGGGGGUCUGUGGCUGCCCUGGGGGGCUGUGGUCCCCGUCCCGCCGCAGCGCCGGGGGGGUGCCGGCAUGGGGGGGUUGUUUACAGGAAACCCUUGGCUCUGGCCGUGUCUCCGGCACCGGAUUGCCGGGACCUCCCGGUUCCGCUCGGCUCGCAACUGGUGCUCCUACACGGUGACACGGACGGUGUCGUGCCACGUCCAGAACGGCACCUUCCUCCAGAGGGUCUUCCAGGGCUGCCGCUGGCCCCUGGCCUGCAGCGGGGGCAGCUACCGCGCCGUGGUGCGGCCGCUCUACAGGGUGACCUACAGGACACUGACGGCGCUGGAGUGGCGCUGCUGCCCCGGACACGCCGGCGCCAGCUGCGAGCAAGGAGGCGAUGCCCCCCGGGGGGGUCCCCCCGUGCUGACCCCCCUUUCCUCGGCAGAGGCUCUCACCUCCCUCACCCUGCGGGACCCCGGGCGCCCCAGCGCCGCCCCCCGCCGGCCCCCCCUGCACCCCACGGCCUUCUCAGGGUGCCUGAACUGCAGCCGUGUCGGGGAGCUGACAGCCCGGCUCGCCUCCCUCGAGGCGCAGGUGGCCCGGCUGGCGGUGGCCGAGCCCCCCGUGCCCGCAGCGCCCAAAGGCAGCAGCCCGGGCAGGGGACCCCCGGCCGGGCAGCUCUGGGGGUCCCCGGCCGCCCGCGGGAGCCCCGGGGAUGACGGGAGACCCGGCUGGAGGGGACCCCCCGGCCCCAAGGGCGACGCGGGAGGACGGGGACCCUCGGGAAUCCCCGGGGUGAAGGGUCCAGCGGGGCCACCAGGUCCCCCCGGCCCCCCAGGACCGCCCGGCCGGGAUGGAGCCAGGGGGCUCCCUGGGGAGAAGGGGUCCCCCGGGCCCCCCGGCCCCCCGGGCCCCCCUGCCCCUGUGGGGCCGGCGAUUCCCCGGCUGGCCGAGCCCAGGGACCCCGUCCUCUCCAACACCUUCACCGAAGCCACCGGGAGCGUCACGGGUCCCGUGGGACCCCCCGGACCCGCGGGGCCGAUGGGUCCCCCCGGCCCCCCGGGUCCCACUGGUCCCCCCGGGCCCCCAGGACCCGAUGGCAGAGCAGGAGCGCCCGGAGCCCCCGGGGAGAAGGGGGACAGGGGUCCCCAGGGCCACCCGGGCAGCCGCGGGCAGGACGGGGCACAGGGCGAGCCGGGCCCCCGGGGCGAGCCGGGCGAGAGGGGCACUUGGGGGGAGGGUUUGCACCAGCUCCGCGAGGCGCUCAAGAUUUUAGCCGAGAGGGUUUUAAUCUUGGAAACAAUGAUUGGGCUCUACGAGGCAGAGCCCGGCUCGGGCAGCGGUGCCCCCGGCACGGCGACCCCCGGGGUGCCCCGCGGCAGGCGGGGCAGCGGCCGCCCCCCGUCCCGCACGGUCACCGCCCGCCGCGCCCCCCCCGAGCCGUGACGGGGACGGGGACAUCACCGCGGCCACCCCGCCGUGCCACCCUGGGGAGCAGGCCCGGGUCAGCCCCGUGCCCCCUCUUGGUGCUACUGGUGGCACGGCACCGCCCCCGCAGGACGCUUCGCCCCCGCCGCUGCUCGGGCCCCGGGAG